AAUGACAGUAUUAGACUAGACCUAGAGUCUAUAGUCUAUACUAUAGAUCUAGUAUAGUAACUAGUAAGGAACCUUGGUAUCACAAUGGAGUAGAAAUUAAUUAGACUAUAUAAUUGAUGCUUAACACUAGAUCACAGAAAAAUGCUUGUACCUAUAUUUACAUUGAAACUCAACCACAAGGUUGUUCCCCAAACUGUAGCUGUCGGUAAAUAUGAUGGAAGACAUCCUGCUCUCACUUGUGCCACCACUGGAGGAAAGGUUCUUGUACACAGCCCUCACACAAAACGUCAAGAGUAUAAUCAGGACAUCAGUCUCCUGAAUAUCAACCAGCAGAUUACUUCCCUUGCUGCUGGACGCCUUGAUCCUGAGGCAGAUGGUGACCUCUUGGUAGUUGGUAGCCCAACCAACAUAUUGGUCUAUGACAUCAACAAUAACAGAGAUGUAUUUUACAAAGAUUGCCCUGAUGGAGCCAACACUGUGAUCAUAGGCAUGCUGGGUAGUUUUACAUCUCCACUUACUUUAGUUGGAGGCAAUUGCUCUAUUCAAGGCUACAAUAAACUAGGGGAGGAUACCUUUUGGACUGUGACAGGUGACAAUGUCCGGUCCCUCUGUUUGGCAGAUUUUGAUGGGGAUGGCAUGAAUGAGCUCAUUGUUGGAUCAGAAGAUUAUGACAUCCGUAUAUUUCGAGAAGAUGAAAUCAUUGCUGAAAUGACUGAAACAGAGGUGAUUACAAAUCUAUGUAGACUGAAUGAAUAUCGCUUUGGUUAUGCUCUUUCUAAUGGAACAGUUGGUGUCUAUGAUGGAUCAAUUAGAGCUUGGAGAAUCAAAUCUAAGAACAGAGCUGUGACAACUCAUGGUUUUGAUCUGAAUGGAGAUGGUGUAUUGGAACUUAUCACUGGUUGGAGCAAUGGAAAAAUUGAUGCCAGAAGUGAUAAGACAGGGGAAGUAAUAUUCAAAGACAAUUUUGAUCACUCUAUUGCUGGUAUAGUACAGGCAGACUAUCGACUUGACAGCAAUGCUAAGGGAGAUCAAUUGAUCUGUGUCUCAGUGGAAGGAGAAGUAAAAGGGUUUAAUCCAGCUACUGGUGAAGUUGGAACCACAUUGAUGAAUACAAAUGUUGAACAAGAGACAAUCAGAGAAUUGAGUUUACGUAAACAGAACCUUAUGCUGGAAUUAAAGAAUUAUGCUGAAAACUCAAAGCUGGCACUAUCAGGGGAGGCAGCUGUACUGGCAGCUGCACUUAGUGGAGACUUAGGAAGGAAGAAUGGAGCUCAAGGUAAAGGAGGAUUCCCAGGAUUAAAGGGACUAAUGCCUGGUGGAAACUCAAGUGGAUUUGAUACAUCUGGAGGAGGUGGUGAUGGAGCACUUCGUCCAGGCCAGACAGGCCUAAUAGCUGGCCAAAGCUCAGGAGGAGCUCCAAUGGGUCCAGGAGGUCAGUUAGCAUUAGCUGGUCUCUUAGGCUCACCAGGCCAUUCUUUGAUCCCAGGAGGCCAGUCACAGAGUGGAGAAUUUCCAAAUUUUAAAUUGGGAGCCAGUAGCCUUGGAGAGAGUGGAAGAACUAUGGGAAUGAUACCAGCAAAUACUCAGCUAGAAACGUCCAUACUUGUCAACCCUGGCAACCAAAAUGUCCCACCUUUUGUGGAACUGAAAAUUGCCACGACAAACGAUACCAUCAUCAGAGCAGCACUUAUAUUUGCAGAAGGAAUUUUUGAAGGAGAAUCUCAUGUCAUCCACCCAAGUGCUGCAGCUGUCAGCAACUCAGUUUCUGUUCCACUUAUUCCGCCCAAGGAUGUUCCAGUAGACUUACACAUCAAGGCUAUGAUUGGUCAGAAAAACAGCUCCCACUUUCAUGUUUUUGAGCUAACCAGAGAGUUGCCCAGAUUUUCCAUGUUUGUUUUGGUUGAUAAUGAACAACCAGAUCCAAGGAGUUCUGUUCAUUUCACACUUAAUGAACGACCUCAGAGAGCUUUCAUGUGGCUGAAUCAGAACUUCCUGUUAAGUCAGAACCUGGUCUGUGAGGGUGACCUGCAUGUCACUUUUUUCUCCUUGCGUGGCUCUGGGCUCCUUAGGAUAAGAAUGUCACAAGCUGGUCAAUUUGCCAUCCACACGGAUGACAUGGACCUUGCAGGGAAUGUCAUUCAGUCAUUGGCUGAGUUCCUUAAGAUUGAAGACCUUCAGACAAUUGUAGACUUCCCAGUGGAGACUGAAACACUCAAACAGAUUCUGAUUAAGGUGGAUGAAUUGCACAGAGUCAGGACAAAGUUGACUGCUGAAAUGGCUGACCACUCAAAUCUUAUACGAAGUAUGGUCGUCCGUGCAGAAGAUGCUCGUAUUAUGGGUGACAUGAAGAGUAUGAGACGAGGCUAUAUGGAGCUCAGUGAUCUCAACCGUGACUUAGUGGCCGGGUACAACAUCCGCUGUAACAAUCACCAGGAGUUAGUGUUGGGCUUGAAACAGAUUAAUCAAAUCAUACAGAAAGCUUCCCGUGUCCGAGUGGGAAAGUACAAGAACCAGGUGGUGACAUUGUGUAGGACAGCCAUCAAGAACAACAACACAUCAUCUCUAUUUAAGAUCAUCAACACAGGAGUGGCAUAAAGGCCAAAAGUAAAAUAAAUUUUUAUGCAUGUGGUUUAAAGGCGUUUUCUAAAGCAUCAACUCUAUCAAGUCUUAAAAAGUCAAGUGUCAGCACUGGCCUGGGAGAUAUUUCACAUACAAUGUAUGCAAUGUCCAACAUUUUUUGUUUUGUUUUAUCAAUUAUUGUUGUUUAAACUUUUAACUUUGAUCAGAAGUAGACAAAACUUUCAUUAUAGACUAAUUAUAAAUUGGUAUAUGGUGUCAAAAGUAGCAUUGUAUUUGACUUCUAAACCAAAGGUCCUGGAUUUGAAUCAUAUUAGAUAUCAUGUUUUGAUGACAUUCCCUAGCUCAUAUGGCACAAUCUUAUAUGGUUCAUAGAUUUUCUCUGAGCUAGUAAAUAUGCCUGGUUUUUGUGUGCUCAUCACUCUCAUGUCAAUGAUUGUCUGGGAAGUUUGUCAAACUUUAGGAUAGCUUUUCUCAACCUGACAUACAAAUACUCCUGAAACUUCUCUUUCAGUACUUCUCUGAUGAAAUACAAACGUUACUUCAAGAGAGAAGAAUGAUUAGGUCCCAAACAGAGGAGGCAUAUUCUAUUAUUGGCCAAACCAAGGUUAAAUAAAAAUGUUAGUUUUAUGUUCUUAUUUGAUUUGUAGACAUUUCUUUUAAUAAACCCUAAUGCUUUGCUUGAUUUGUUAAUAAUUUCAUCAAUAGGGGGAUUCCAUGUUAGUUUUUCACUUAGAAAUAAUGUUAUUAAAAAGUAAAAAGAUUUUAUUUGGUGAAUAAAGGUUACACUUGGUUAAUAAACUGUCUACUCUAAGUGCAUCUCUACUGGAUAAAUGGACUAUUAAAUCAGUGUUUGUUUAUCAUCAUAGAUCUUUACAAAAAUGUUUGUGGUGUGCUCUUAUCCAACCCUAUUAAUGAUGAGCUUAAGGUCUUGAGUUUAAAUCCUAAUUAUUUAUUAGCUCUGAUAAACAGGAAAUGUAGUUGAUGUUUUGGAAGUUAGGAAAUGCCAUUCCUGAGUCUUAGUCCAAUUGUUGAUAAUGCCUGUCAAGACAAUGAGAGUUAUUGUCCUUAGCUCCACUUUGGUGUACAUCUUUGCAUUAUGUAAUACUUUAUCUAUGAUGAUUCUAACAUUACAACAUUUGACUGUGUACCAGAUUAAACUCUUGACACAGACUAGGGUGGUUAUUGUUGUCAGAUAGUGAAACUAAAGUCUUUUCUUGAGAUAGUGAAACCACACUGUCUAGUCUUGUUGUGAGAUAGUGAAACCACAUUGUCUUGUUGUGAGAUA